AUGAACGUUUAUGCUAUUGGUUUAAAGAAUUUUAUACUUUCAUCCGAAAAGAAAUGUCAAUUUCCCCUUAUUCUUCUAAUAGAUAUUGAAGUUGUGAAGUUAUACUCCGUCAAGUGGCUUAUGCUUAUUACAGUCGGGAAGCUUUUCUUCGGUCAUACGCAGCACAGUAGCGUCAGGGGUAAUCUCACAGAGCACUUCUACCGGCAACUAGAAAAGCGCUAA